CCUCGCUGCACCUCACCGGCAUCACCGCACCGCACCGCACCUCACCUCCCCUCCACUCACUUCACCUCACCAUCGCUCACCUUUUCAGUCGCUUCCGAAGUGGAGAAGAGCACAGCCACGCCAAGCACAGCAAAGCACAGCAAAGCGCAUGUUCGAAGAGAGACAAUGAUUCCAGCCGCCGCGCUUCACUGAGUUGCGUGCAGUCCGACUAGAUCAGACCAGCAAAGUCCAACGACAAGCUCUCUGCCCCACCGAAUCGAUCCCGAACUAUUCACGAAUGCUCGUCCUGCACCUCCUACAUACAUCGACCGCCGCCGAAACUCCCUCGAAAUAGGUCGGCCUGUUAUCAGCACGGAAUUCUGCACAUUCUUAUCGUCGAGAGCACUUCCUCAGACUGCUCGCAAUCACGCCCAUCUGGCGUUGUACGCCACCAACACAACAACACCACCCUCUAUACGCAUAGCCCGCUCACACAAUGAUCACUCGGACAUGGACGAGCCUGCUGCUGGGCUUGCUGAUGUCGUGUCUAUGUCAGCCAGUAAUCGGCGCUGAUCGCUGGUUCAACUACCAAACAGACGAUGGCACGACCGUAGUGCUCAAUGACAACCGUCAGCCCGCUUUGUAUACCAAGGACUUUGGUGACUGCUUGGGCGGCAGCACCAUCAAUGUCACCCGCUUUGAUGUGGCCUACUACAAGGACAACAUGACGAUUCUGUGGCACAUGGCAGGAGAGACUGGCGUUAUUGGCGACAGUGUCAUGAUGAGCAUUGGAGUCUACGCCUAUGGCGAGAAUAGAUACGAGCUCAUCUUCAAUCCUUGUGCUGCCAAUAUUCGGAGUCUGUGUCCGCUCAACGCGAGUGUACCGAUAGUGGCCACCACUAUCAUUCCCGUCAGUGCAUCCGAUGUGGCUGCCAUCAUCCCGCUGGCCUUGACCAUUCCGGACUUCGAGGGAGAGGCUAUAUUGCGCAUCUUCUCCAACACUACACAAUCGGAGAUUGCCUGCUAUUCUGCCGUCGUGACGAAUGGUGCCUCGUUCAGCCACCCUGCCGCUGUGGGGACUGUGUUAGGGCUAUUCACGCUGGUAGCUGUGAUUGCUUCUUUCGCAACCGCCAUCUAUGGAGAAGUCGUCCCAACAAUGAGAUUGCACUACGCGCACUCCCUCUCAGUCGGCGUGGUCUUUGCCGUCUGGCAGCACAUCUUUUUCUCCGGGGCUCUCUCAGUCAACUGGGCAUCAGUACUGCCGGCAUGGUGGAGCAACUUUGCGUGGGCAAGCGGCAUGAUUUACACCCAGAGCAUGCAGGCCAACCUAAACGACUUCAUUGGAAACGACUUGGGUAACACCUCUCAGGUGGGAGCUGCUCAGUCUGGUUCUUCGAAUGCUGGCGUUGGUGGCGGCUUUGACAUUAGCUCGAUUUACAGGAGAAGUCUCUCCAGCGUCAAGCGAACUGCAGACCACCCUGUGUACCACGAUCUUGCUGCAAAGAUCUACGGUCGGCAGGCAGCUGCCACGGAGUCUACAGCGUCGAGCUCGGGCUUCUCAAGCAGGAGCCAAGGCUACCAAUGGUAUGGCGAUCCAGUUCCCAACGGCCUGCCACUGCCAGGAAAUUAUUCUGGCUUCGCGGGAACUCUUGGGGCGGAGAGCAUAUCCGCGAGCACAGCUUUCCUGACCAGCUUUCUCUGGUUCCUGAUCAUCCUUGUGAUUCUGGUCGCAGCAGUCAUGGCAUUCAAGUGGCUUGUAGAAGGGCUGAUUCGCGUGAAGUGGAUCAAGCAGGAUCGAUUGAAGUUCUUCCGCGAUCAUUGGCUGGGCUACAGUGCUGUUGUCGCACUCCGCAUCUGCUAUAUCGGCUUCUUCGCUAUGAUGUUCUUGUCGAUCUUCCAGUUCACUUACCUCUCUAGCAGCGGGGCUCAAGGCAUUGCUGCGAUUGUAUUCAUCAUCUUCUUCAUCGGCAUGCCACUCGCAGCUGCAUAUGCUGUCUGGUACAAGAAGGCCAUCACUGGUACGACAUCUGGCCGAGUCUUCGAGCAUAAGACGCUCAUGGGCAGGAUUCCCUUCCCCAAAGGAUUUGGCAGCAAGACGCCAAAUACCACCUCUGUGGAACUUCAACCGCCCACUCAGCCAAAUCACGCGCAUGCCGAGAGCAAGUCUAGCACUGUGCCCCUCUGGAAGCGCAAGGCCUCAGCUGAUAAGGUGCCCACAACCGCUGGUAACGUGCACAGCGUCCAUGAUGAUGAUGACUACAUCAAGAAGUUUGGAUGGUUAGGAGCUCGCUUCAGGCGAACACGUUGGUGGUUCUUCAGCGCUUGGCUCUUUUACGAGUUCAUUCGUGCCGUCUUCUAUGGCGGCGCCUCUGGCUACUCCCAAGCACAAGUUUUUGGUCUUCUGGUAAUCGAGAUUAUUGCCUUCGGUCUCAUCAUCUGGAUGAGGCCAUAUGAGGGCCAGCGACUCAACGUGCUUGUGGUGUACUGCCUUGGCUUCAGCAAGGUCGCAACUGUUGCGCUGUCCGCUGCAUUCGAUGUGCGCUACAACCUGGCACGUAUUCCCACCACAGUCAUCGGCAUCGUCAUCAUCGUCAUCCAAGGCAUACUCACCAUCAUCACCAUGAUUGCGAUCGUGGUGGGCGCCAUCAGCUCAUACAUGUCGGUGAUGCGUAACGCGGAAGACUUCCGACCUCGUCGCUGGUAUAAGAUGCGCGAGAGGUACUUCGACCACCUUGACCGCACUGUUAACGACCUUCCGCGACCACCCAAGGUGAAGAAGUCCAAGCAGCUGCCGGCUGAGCCCGAAGAGGCGAAGGUUGGUUUCGAGAUGAGAAAUGUGAAGCGGGUCGCAAAGAUCGAAGACGAAGAUAAGAACUUCCAAAGCGAGAUUGCCACCGGUCCGAACCAGACCUUGGUUAGCACCGAAGAUCUGUCAUCGACAGCCUAUGGUAAGAGAGCGAUGACGCCCACUGGUGUGAGCCGGGCGAACAGCAGAGCAGCAAGUGUGGCAAGCAUCAGCACGACGAAUUUGCCAUACGGUGCACGAACACAUAGACCAAGCUGGAGCACUCGAGACUUUCAGCGAGCAGGUUUUGUGACGCAGGAAGAGGACGACACGAGCCUGACUGCCGUUGGCGACGAUCCCGUCACUUCGGGAACACCUAAUAAGCGGCAUAGCGGGGUGCCUUCGUAUAAGCAACCUUCGCUGCGCACAAUGCCCAGCAAUGCUUCUUUGCGAGUUGGCGCGGAAGUCAGCAGCACGGAUGCCAUCGGUGUUGUGCCUGUACCUACCGUUCGCCCCAGAGCAGGAACGAUGGGGUCUAUCCGGAGCUCACGUCGCAUCUCCGGAGCCUCCUGGGGCAUUCCCGAAGCUGCUCCGAGCCCAGACCAUCUCACUUUCGAAGUACCGCCGAUACCAUCGCAGUACUCCUCCAAGAGAAAUUCAUGCAUGUCCCAACACAACGACAAUGGGGAGUCGAGCAGUAGGCCUACCACGAGCCAUCAGCAACAUCUUGCACAUGCCAGGGGCAUUCCGCUUACACCAGCGCUGGAGCACGAGGAGUGGGAUCUGAAAAUUACAAAGACCAACUCUAAGCCACAAUAGCGCUGUGGCUCACCGGUUUGGGAUAUCUCUUUCGAAGACUAUCCCGCGAGUCCAUAUUCUCGCGCCGGUACCUUCGAUUGGAUCUGAUUUGGUGCAAGCGUGGAGAACAAGACGUGCUUGCUUUGGACAUGAUUGGAAGAGAGACGGGAAGAAGACAAUAUUGAUUCCGCAUGGCGAAAGGCGUAAUGAGGCGAUUGCGCAAGCAAUGAAACGAAGAUGGAUGCGUUGAGCGUGCUUUGGCGCAUAACGGCUCCCAAGAGCAGCGCCAAGGCUUUCUAAUACCUUUUCUUACGAACAUUCCUUGACAUAUUUCGACAGAAGAUACCAGCUCUACCAAGGGCAACACCCCACAUUAGCGGGAAAUCAGAUGAUGCAGAGCUCUAGCAAUCGCUCACGCCUGUCAUAACCAGUAUGAUGGGAUGAUAGAAGGAUGAUGGGCACAAUCACGGCUGGACCGAAUAAAGCAAACAUGUGUAGACAGACAGAUGAAAUCAACAGACGUACCAGUAUCC